AUGGCGCCUCCUUUUAGAGCUGACCAUAUAGGGUCAUUGCUAAGACCCCAAUCACUGCUAGAGGCUCGAUCAGGACUCUCGUCGCCCUCUCAAAUGUAUUCACUUGAUAUUCCACAGUCGGUCAGAGAUGCGGAGGCGCAAGCAAUUCGUGAGGUAGUUCAACUACAGUUGAAGAAGGGUGUCCGACCCAUUACAGAUGGAGAAUACGCUCGCCACAUCUACUACGGCGGCUUUUUCGAAAAGCUCUCUGGCUUCGAAGUCAAACCAAAUCUUCCCAUCCCAGAUGCAUUCAGAACUGACUUUCCAACAACCACUGGUCUUGCAAAGAUGGGAGCGAAGACCCGGGCUGCAGUUAUUUGCACAAGUAAAAUUGGAUAUAAAGAUUCACCUUACCUUUCAGAAUGGCUUAUGCUUCGCGACAAUCUACCUGAACAUCUAUGGCAUGAAGCCAAGUUCACUAUUCCAGCCCCGAACUAUCAGCACAUUCAGCUUAAGCCUGGCACCGCAUGGACUCAAGAAUCAGGGUAUGCUUCCGACCAAGAGUACUUUAACGACCUCGCCAAAUGCUACUCCGCUGAGCUUCGUACACUCUACGACGCCGGUCUCCGUAAUAUCCAGGUGGACGACCCACAUUUGACCUACUUCUGCUCCUCCCAAUUUAUUGAAGGGUGCAAGAAAGAUGGCACCAAUCCAGAUGAGCUCCUUGACUUGUAUACUCGGACUCAUAACCAGAUCUUGGCGAACAAGCCGGCAGAUCUGCACGUAGGGAUGCAUCUGUGUCGAGGCAACAUGUCUGGGUCUACACAUUGGGUCUCAGGUUCGUACGAGAAGAUCGCGCAAAAGCUCUUCAACGAAACGGACUAUCAGACCUACUAUCUGGAGUUUGAUGAUGUGGAGCGAGCGGGCGGCUUCGAGCCUUUAAGGUUCCUACCUAAAGGCAAAAACGUAGUAUUAGGCCUUAUAUCGACGAAGACAUCAGAGCUAGAAGAUCCAAACAUUGUUAAAGAGAAUAUUUAUGCUGCUGCUGCCAUAAUAUCCAAUGCACAGGGGAUUAGCAAAGAUGAGGCGUUGGAAUGCCUUGCCGUUAGCCCCCAGUGUGGGUUCAGUAGUAGCAGCUUGGCCGGAGGUUUGGGUAUGACGAUGGAAAUAAUGUGGGAAAAGUUGCAAUUUGUGCGAGAUGUCACCCAAGAAGUAUGGAAAUGA